AUGGCGAAAGCUUCCCAUAUAUUGCAAAAAGGUGCUGUCGUCCAGCACACUGCCAAAGCCCAUGAGCUGAAAGGUCAACUGCCUGAAGGGAGCAUGGAAUCUUUGGCAACAACCAUUCAUUUCGUGACGCUGAACUGCCGAACACUAUCGAGUGAACUCCAACAAGCCGCUCUAUCCAGACUUCUGCGAUAUCUCUGUGUGCCUUUUGCUGCACUGCAGGAAACACGCAUGAGAGAUCGGCCCGUCAUCAGCAUCGAAAAUUACACCAUAUACUGCGGCGAUGCUGAUGAGAACAAAGUAGGUGGCUGCGCGAUAGCUGUGAGGAACGAUUACAAGAACCUGGUGGAGGAAUUUGGCUCAACGUCGUCUAGAUGCGCCUUUAUACGACUGCGGGAUUGCGGAGGACGUAAACUCUGGAUCGUAAGUGCUUACGCACCUACGGAAACCGCUGAGGACAACAGUAAGGACGCCUUCUAUGAUGAACUCAAUGCGUUGAUGUCUAAAAUACCAAGCCAGCAGGCGGUCAUUGUCGGAAUCGACGCAAAUGCAAAGAUGGGACUCGAACAGCAAUCCGAUGUGCUAGGAAAAUGGUACUAUGCAAUGGAGCGCACGUCGGACAACGGUGACCGUCUUGUCGACUUGUGCGAGCAGACGGGCCUCAUCAUCGCUUCCACGUUUAAGAGGAACGCCAUCAGCUCACGUGGCAGGGGUCAACCUUUUUAA